AUGGUGAAGGCGUGUAUGGAUUACCGCAAAAGAGUGCUCAGCUCGCGGACAAGGAGUGUUUGGAACUCGUCCCGUCGCGUAGAAGGGACGGCGCAAAAGAGUAGGUCAAGGGACAAGGACGAAGAUAGGUCAUCAAAAGCGCCUAAAGAGGGCGACUCCGGCAAGGAAAUGGGAGAGGAAAGAAAUAGGUUACGGUCAGAACCGUAUCAUGACGUCAAUAAGGACGUUUCGAAAGAGACUUGGGAAGAAGUGGCCCUAGUGAUUUCGAAAAGACGCACUCCGGAAGAGAUGCUGGAUAAUCCCGUCAUUGCCCCGGAAUUCUUGUUCUAUCUUCACCGUCUCUCUCGUAUCGCCAUCGACUAUUAUGAAGAUCCCACUCAGUUCAAUGUCACCACAGAUUCAAGCCCUGGAUUUCUCUAUCGAACGAUGUCACGUUAUCCUCCUGAAAAUCCGGAACCAUUCCCGGUUAUCUGCAAUGAUCUCAAGAAAAAAAUUUUACCUGGCCUGACGCAUUGGCAACAUCCAAGAUUUUACGCUUACUAUCCAGCCGGUCGACCAUUUCCGGAAAUGCUAGCAGAAUUGCUCACAUCCGCAAUGGCCUUCAACAUUUUCUCAUGG